ACCAUAUGAAGGGAUCCAACUAACAGCAAAUGUGACCAGGGGUACACUUGUCUAUUUUCACUUUGACUUUGAUGGAAACUCAACGGUCCUUAAUUGUUUCAUGGCCCCAUGUGUAGUCUCUCACACACAAGGCUUUCCAGAGGCAGGGGUUUACAACAUUUCAGUCGAGGUCUCCAAUGACUUUACCGUCUUUACAAGUGAGAUCUACUCAGUGGGUGUUUUCAACCCUGUCCCAGCAUUGAGUGUAGAUGUAACCAACUCUAGCUCCAUAAGUGACCCUGUUGAGCUACGUAUCUACCCUCAAUCAAAUACGUCCCUGUGGCCGACAGAAGCAAAGGUGGUUUUCUCCGUCGCUGGUUUUCAAAAUCAAAUUGAGCAACAUUUUGUGCCGUCAUCCCCCGUAGAUGCUGUUGGCAUGUUCUUCCUCACUCUACCAGUGUACGGUAUUUUUGAUGUAGCUGUCAAUGUCUCCAAUGCAGUGAAUUUCAUGAUGGUACAUGUCCCGAUUCAGAUAGGGCAGGAAAUCCAAGGAUUCUAUGCUCGACUCCUGUCUUCAAUGCAUGCAACAGGUGAGAAUGUGGAUUUGGAGUUUGGCUUCACAGCCGGAAGCGACAUUGUUUUUGAAGUGGAUUUUGGAGAUGGCAGCCACGAGACUCAUCAACUCAUCAACUCAUCAACCAUUUAUCAUAAAUAUAACAGUUCUGGCGAAUACAUCAUUACUGUUAGAGCUCACAAUGACUUUGGGGAUCAAGUCAGGCAGUUGUCUGUGAGAAUCAUCAAUCCAAUUAAUGGAUUGAGGAUGGACACCAGUGGCAAUGACAUGGUAACUGGGGAACCAGUUCAGUUUGUAUUCUACCUAGAGAAGGGAGCAGUGAUACCGCAAACAGUUCACUGUUCUGUAGAUUACGGUGAUGGUAGCGAUAUUGAUUCUUGGGAUAGUGUUCUAUCAGACGGUAACAUCACCAUUGAGCAUACAUACAGUACUUCUGGGUCUCAUCAAGUCCAAGCAAACUGUUCAAAUGAGGUUAGCCAGGUUGACCUAACAGUCAAUGUCACUCUCUACACCCAUACUGCUGGAUGCAUUGUCAAUGUCAGUACAGUGGUUGCUGCAACCAAUGCAACAGUGCAGUAUCUCACUACAGUUGGUGAUGGAUCUGACAUCAAUUUGCUCAUCCAGUUUGGUGACGGGACAAACAUGUCCACUCACAUUGACACAGUGGGAUUCAUGGUAUUUGAGCAUGUCUACCAUCAUGCAGGCUCUUACACAGCUCACCUGAAAGCUUCUAAUCCUAUCAGUGACUGCGAAGCAUCUGGCGGUCCCGUAACCAUCCAGGUUCCAAUCCGUACAGACAGCUACAAUCUCACGAUCAUCCCAAGCACAAUAGAUGUAGCAAACCAAACGACAGUGUUUGCUAUUACUUUGAUGGAUGAAAUGCCAUUACCAACAAACGUUACAGCAUCUUGGACUUUUGGGGAUGGAAAUUCAUCCUCACAAAUACUCCUUUUGGGUAGAAAAUUGAACGUUUCACACAUAUUUGAAGAAACUGGGGAGUAUGAGGUUUCAGUGCAUCUUUCCAAUAUGGUCAGUGAAUUGGACUUGAAUGACACAGUGGUGGUUCUUGAGCGGAUUGACGAUGUCGACUACAACAUCAGUACUGCAGCUGCAGUUGGUGACAAUCUGACUCUCUCCAUUCUAGCUUCAUCAGGGACUUCUCUGUCAUACAAUAUUGACUUUGGAGAUGGAACUGUGGUCACAUCGUUUCAAGACAAGCCGGAAAUUCUAAAAUUUGCGCACUCCUAUAAACAAGUUGGAAAGUACGUCCUGACAAUAAGAGUGGAGAAUGGACUAGGUGGGAUUGUGCUUAACCAUACAAAGAUCCGCGUGGUCUAUCCUGUCCAGGGCCUGAACUUUGAAACCACUAGUGAGGUGAUCUACAGUCCUGGAAACAUCACGUUCAGUUUGACCAUCGAUCAGGAGGUACCGCCACCCACUGUCAUGGAAUGUGUUUGGCGGAAAAAACCCACUACACUAGGCCUUGGCCCUGAUGUACUGUGGAGAAAGAAGAAUGUAAGCCUUGAUUCUGGUGAGAGUCUGAAUGUGACUCAUUAUUUCCCUGGUGGUCAGUUUGUCGUCAGCUUGCAGUGCAAGAAUAUUCUGGGCGGUCUUACCCUGGAGAAAUUGAUUACCGUUUUUGAGGAUGUUACACAUUUGAAGAUCUUCCCGGAAAAUUUGGUUGCUGAGGUUGGAUCUCAAGUGUUGAUUACCAUCACUGCCUCUCAGGGCUCACUGCUGAAUUAUGCUGUACAAUACGGUGACGGUACGACAGAAACAAGAUAUGUUGUAAUGUCAACAAGCACAAAGAUUCAAGAAUUUCAGCAUGCAUACACUCAACCUGGACUGUUCACUCCUUCUGUAACUGCUGAGAAUAUCUUAGGACAGUCUCAUGUCACUUCCAAUGCCAGUAUUGAGGUACUGCACAGCACUCGUGGAUUUCACUUAUUGUCCAAUAGCCCAAGGACAUUUCCUGAUCUUAUGGUGAUAUUUCAACUGGUCACGAUGCAAGGUACCACCCCUCCAACUACAGUCAACCUUGCGUGGAACUUUGGAGACGGAAGUGUUCACUAUGAGACAGUACAGUUCAAUAUGACCCAAGGCAUCAAUCAUACUCACUCUUACAACAAUUCAGGAACUUACCACGCUGAGGUAACUGUCACCAACAAUCUUGACUCUCACAUGUUUGAGACAAGUGUCAUUAUCAAUAAAGAAGCUGCACCUAUACAAGUCAGAUUUGAAUACCAAAACACAGAUGGCAUUUGGACAGCUGGUUUAGGACAUGACUUUAAUUGGUUUGCUAGUGAUUCAGUAAUCAGAAUGAGUGCUAACGUAACUUCUAAGGAUGCGACUAUCAUCUGGGAUUUUGGUAACGGGGAAACAGCUCCACUUGACAUUGUAUUCCGUCGAUAUGAAACCCCCGGUGUGUACAACAUCACACUAAAAGUUGAAGGCCACACAGAUGAGCCUGUAGAAUUGCACUUCAUUUUCUACAUUGUCCAGCCAUUUGAACUGACGUCAAUUCAGGCCAUGGAUGAAUCAGGACUGUCAGUUUUGAAGUCAGGCCAACAGGUGGAUUUCAUAUUGAAUGGGAAUGGUUUAGAAGGUCCAAUGUGCAUAUCAUGGGAUGUUGGGGAUAAGACUCAACAAAUUGUCUAUGGGCCAGAGUCUUGUGGAAUGACACUGCACAAUGACAUCAUCUUUGUCCAAUCAAAUCAAGACGAUGGUCUACAGGUCUCACACACCUACACAUCUCCGGGUUAUUAUACUGUCCAUGUGUCUGUAUCUAACUUCUUCACUACUGCAUCCAUGUCAAGUGAAAUCACCGUCAUGGGAUGCUGGAAUCCACCUGAUGUGUCCAUCAAGGGUCCGGGGGAGACGAUAGAUGCACCGCAGUCUCACAGGACAUCAGAAACUAUCCUCAUCGACUCAGUCACCACAUUUGAUUGUAUUGGUGUUGGCUUAACAACCUUCACCUGGGAAGUCUAUAAACUCAUCCUUGAUGACGUUCAGAACACAACGCAGAGAGUGAUGUACGAUGUGCCGUCUGUGAAUGGCCCACAGUUGCAGCUAAUGCCAGGUUCGCUUGACGUUGGCCUGUACGAAAUCACUCUAACUGUCACAGUAGAAGGUUUGGACAAUGCAACUGGUAUGGACAAAGUCUACAUCAGGAUCAAUCACUCUCCACUUGUCUUGGUUCUGGAAGGUGGAAGCAGUAGAUCAGUGGGUAAUGUCCAACCAUUGGUCCUUGAUGCGAUGACAUCAUCAUACGACCCUGACAACGUAGCAGGAAACUCCUCUGAUUGGUCCUUUGAGUGGACAUGCAAAAAACUUUCUGAACGUAGCGAGAAUAAUUCCAUGACCACAAAUGUACCCUUUGCUAGCACUGAUUACCUGUGUGAGAACAGCUCCUGGGAAAGACUCAACUUCACAUCUGGUGUACUUCAUCUGAAUCCGUUGCAACUCAGGGUGGGUGCUCUGUAUGCAUUCAAGGUUGACACAGCCAUUGGAUCCAGACUUGCAUCCUACCAGCAAACCAUCCAGGUCAUGCAAGGGGAACCCCCGGUUGUAUCUAUAAGGUGCGUCUCCAACUGUCGCGAUAAAACCAACCCGACAUCUUCCUUCACACUGCAAGGGAGUUGUGACAAUUGUGACAUUCACAGCGAGUCAAUGUUUACAUGGUCACUCUACAUCAAGCAGAAAGGAACUCAGGUGUAUCAGGAAGUCAGUAACCUUGGCGAUAAGACAUCAACUGGUGUAUCAAAGCAAGGUAUUGCCUUCAAUCCAAACCAACUGGAUGCGGGGAAUGAAUACAAUCUUCGUCUUGAUGUGAAGGAUGCGUUGCUAGGCAACGGUUUCAUACAGCACUCUUUCCUUACCAACCUUCCUCCAUAUAAUGGCUCAUGCCAAAUCACUCCAUCAGAAGGGUAUGCCGUCACCACAGAGUUUAGUGUGAACUGCACUGGUUGGCUAGAAGAAGGCUAUGCCGUUGAUCGUGCCUCUAUCUCCCAAGAUCUUGCUGCUACGCAAGUCCUCCAGUACCACGUCUUGAGCAGACCCAUGGGACAGACAAGUUUCUCACUCAAGACAUCGACCACGGACAGCUCCAUCUCGGGUAUUCUCUUUGGGGUUGGUACUGAGGAAUUCAGCUUCCAAAACGUGGUGCGAGUUGAAGUAGUGGACGUGUACGGAGCAGCUGCCUACGUUGAGAUGACGAUCACGGUCAGGAAACCAGACUUGUCAGCUGAUGACAUCACAUCUCUAGUCAGUUCCAAUGGUAGUAAGCUGUCUCUUCUGAUAUCAUCUGGUAACGUAGAGGGCGCUACUCAACUGAUAUCGGCUGUCCUGACAAUUCUACAGGAUGACAACACCACAAUGACACCUGAAGACGUAACAGAGAUACGCUCCAAUCUGGUGCUUGAGUUAGGGAAGAUUUCCUUGUGGGCUAAGACAGCCGAGGCUUUGCUUCAAGCAUCUUCUGUCAUGUCUCAGAGUCUUACUGGAGGUGUCAAUGAUAAUGCUUUGAUUGACGCUGCAGCUACAAUGGUCAGGAUGGCAAUGAGUUUGGAAAGCGUAGACACAGAUAACCCGGAAAUUGUCAUAGAAACAGCCGAAGGACUCACUGGAGGACUAGGAAGUCUCAUUGCCCAAUCAGAUGGAAUCGUUCAAAAUGCUAUGGGAACCAGUGAAGCUUCCAUGUACACCACUACGCCUUCAUCACUAGGGACCAGGGAACCAGUCAUCUUUGAUGUCUAUGGCGAUGACCUUUCACCUGAGGAGAUUGCUGAACAAGCUGCAAGUGAAAAGGAGGAAAGCGAGAGAAAUGAGGAGAAUGCACGCACAGUGGCCUUGACUAUCAGCAUGCUAGCACAGGAAACACUUGACCUGGUGUCUGGCGUGGUCAUAGGUCAACGUGUGACAGGUCAACCUCCAGUCACGCUAGUCACAGAUGAACUCACUCUAGAAGUCUACAAAGAUGAACCCAACUCCGUGGCUGACAGAGUCAUCACUGCAGACGCUGGAUCCUUCCAUCUACCUAAUGCCAGCUCACUGUUUGGAACAAGUGGAGCAAAACACGUCGAACAAAUAAUCUAUUCCUUCAACGCAAACCCCUACAGCUUUUCCAAGAGCUCAGACAGUAUAGGUUCCAAGGGGGUACUCACCCUAGAGUUUAAGACGGGACAAGGGGAGCCACUCUCGGUGCAGAACCUGACAGAUAUGAUCAGUAUCACCUUAGACGUUGAUGACAGCAAAGUAACGAGUGCUGAGACAGUCCAGAUGAGGUUUACGAAUGUAUCCACAAUGCAGUAUCACAAGGUGGAAAUACAAGAGAAAGAUAUCCAACUGAGAGUCAUCUUCAAGGAAAUAUCUGACAACAGGACCAACUUUCAUGUCUAUCUGAGGAAGGGAGGUCAUCCUGACACCUUAACAUACGAUGCGCUCACAGAAAUACCCAGAUGUCUUGGCAACGAUGAAACAUGGAGUGAUGAGAGACUGGAAACAGAGGCUAGACACACUGCAGUAUUUGCUGAAGAGUUACUGACUGGUGUGGGAGACUACUACUUGGGCAUUAGCCUAGCAGAUUCAUCCCAAGAAUCAUCUGAUAAAGUGGACGACAUGAUGAAUAAGACAGAUGAAUUAUAUGAUGUGAACGUAACCAUGGUGAUAUAUGCAGCUGGUUGCCGAUACUGGGAUAGCAACAUCACAGCAUGGAGUAGUCACGGUUGCCAGGUUGGGCAACACACCACGACUCAUUCCAUCCACUGUCUGUGUAACCAUCUCUCCUCCUUUGCGUCAUCAUUCUUCGUUCCCCCAAACACCAUCGACUUCUCCACCGUCUUCAGCAAGUUUCUGAAUCUUGGAGACAAUGCGGCUGUGUUUGCCACGGUGCUUGGAUUCUUGGGCUUGUAUCUGCUCCUUCUAGUCUGGCUUAGAAGGAAAGAUAAACAGGACAUCAUCAAGUGGGGAGUGAGUCCCUUAGCAGAUAACCAUCCCAGCGAUAUGUACUUCUAUCAAAUCACAGUGCAGACUGGCAUGGGGCCAGGCUGUGGCACAAGGUCAAAGGUCAGUAUCAUCCUGACUGGAGAGAGUGGGGAUAGUGGUGUGCGCUUACUGGACGAUGACAAACGAAAGGUGUUUGAGAGUGGUAGCAUCUGUCACUUCUUGAUGGGCGUGGCUAGUCCUCUGGGCCCCCUCUCCUACAUCAAACUAUGGCAUGACAACACUGGCCCUGGUCAACUCGCUAGCUGGUAUCUGUCACAAGUCUCCAUCCUUGAUCUGCAAAAUGGAAAACAAUACUUCUUUGUCUGUGACCGGUGGCUUGCUGUAGAGAAGGACGACGGAGCAAUAGAACGUGUUCUUCCCGUCGCAACUCGCUCUGAUCUGACUCAGUUCAGUAAGCUUUUCAUCUCAAGUAGCCGGCGCAACCUCUUUGAUGAUCACAUCUGGUUCUCCCUAUUCAGUCGACCAACACGGAGCCCAUUCACCAGAGUCCAACGUCUGUCUUGCUGUCUGUGUCUGCUCUACCUGAGUAUGAUCACUAGCGCUAUGUUCUACCGCACUGAAGAGACUGUUGAGAAUCCCACUGCUUUACGUCUUGGGCCGUUCAUCUUCACACUUCAACAAGUCUACAUUGGAUUCAUCAGUGCCUUGAUUGUAGUACCAGUUAACAUCCUCAUUGUCCAGAUCUUCAGAAAAUCCAAACCCAGCAAAUCCCAGCUGACAAGUCAACUCCCUAAACAUCUGCAAGAGAAGCUAGACAAUCUGAAAGACAGUUCACCAUCAGAGGACUCAACGCCACAGAACUCAGUCGUAGACAUCAAAUCAGACAAAGUGGAACUGGUCCCAAUGAAGACAUCAACAAAACACAAAGUAAAGGAUCAGAGAACAAAAGGCAGGCCAUACUUACUACCCCACUGGUGUGUCUACAUGGCAUGGCUGAUCAUGAUUCUGUCAUCAUUUACCGCAGCGUUCUUCACUGUAUUAUACAGCUUAGAAUGGGGACAGGAAAAGUCCUGCGAAUGGUUGACGUCAAUGCUGAUAUCACUGUUCAACUCUGUGCUCGUAAUACAACCAUUCAAGGUUGUUGCCGUGGCAAUAGUCCUCUCACUCAUCUUCAAGAAACCCACCAAGAUGGAUGUUGAGAUAGAUUCUGAUUUCUGCCGUUAUCAGAAUCAACUUCAGAAUGAUGAGGAGCUCUUACAUGAUUCACAGUCCACAAAACAAAUGAGCUGUCAUAAGUACAAAGUACGACUUCCACCGAGCAAAGAAGCACUUGAGGAGGCACGUAAGAAGCGUCUCAAGGAGAUUAAGAUGAAUCGGAUGCUGAAGGAGACAGGGAUCUAUACCAUCUUUGUCAUCAUUGUCCUCUUCUUGUGUUACACCAAUCGAGAUGACAUGUCAUUCUACAUGUCUCAGUCACUCAGAGAUGUUUUCAUUGAGAACAACGGGGCCGAGAACUCAAGUGAUAAGCUAACAUUCCACAGUUUAGAGAAGAGCACACCCGAUCUCUUCUGGACAUGGGUGGAGACCGCCCUCAUUCCUGGUCUCUAUGGUAACGCUUAUUAUAAUGGUGUACCGAUGCACUGGAGACAUACAAGGUUCAUUGGUGACUGGCAAGGGUACCGGGUGGGACCGGUGCGACUCAGGCAACUUAGAGUCAAGAACGAACCAUGUGCCAUUCCUCCAGACAUCAGUGUCUUACAUCCAAACUGUCAUCUGGACUACUCUUGGAGCAACCAAGAUGAGAACAAUUUCACCGUUGCCUGGCAACCAACGACUGAACAUAACUCAAAGCUUUACUCUGACGAGGAAAAUGCCCCCUGGAUAUAUCAUGAUUUUCUUGAGCUGAACGGAGUUCCACAUUUCGGAAUCCUCGCUGUGUAUUCAGGAAGUGGUUAUGUGGCUGAAUUUGGCACCACAUCUGCCAAGGCAUUAGAAACUGCUCAAUUCCUCAAAGAUACCAGCUGGUACGAUGAACUAACUCGUGCAAUCUUUGUAGAGUUCUCAGUGUACAACGCAAACAUCAAUUUAUUCAGUGUCGCAACUCUACUGGCUGAAACAUCGACAACAGGGGGCGCUUUGGUGACAUCAUACAUCCACACCCUGAGACUGUAUCAUUACGAGGGAACUGUUGCAAUAUUCACCAUCAUCUUCCAGGUUAUGUUUGUGGCUUACCUUCUUUUCUUCAUCAUCAAGUUGCUUGUAUCUCUCAAGAAAGAUGGUUUGAAGGAGCUGAAGAAUUUCUGGACAGCUAUUGAGCUGGUCCUGAUAUUGGUAGCCAUCAGCGCCAUUGUCAUGUUUGCCUUGCGACAAGUCUUCAUUGAGCUGGCACUACAAGAAGUCAAGAAUAAAAACCAAGGUGAAUUUGUCAACUUUAGUCACAUCGCCAAAUGGGAUGAAGUCUUUGGAUACCUACUGGCUUGUAUUGCGUUCCUGUCUCUCAUCCGCUACAUGCGUCUACUCCGUCUCAAUGCUCGCAUGUCUCUCCUUGGGAUGACUCUUAGCCACGCAUCCAAGGACAUCUUCUACUUUGUCAUCAUGUGGAAUCUUGUCUUCUUCGCUUUUGGUCAGUUGUCCUACAUCCUCUUCCACAGCAUGGUUGAAACAUUCUCCUCGUUUGUCUCCACUCUCGAGACGCUCUUCUCCAUGCUGCUUGGCAAGUUUGACUUUCACGCCUUGGUGGAAGCAAAUCGGAUGCUAGGCGGGGCUGUCUUCGUUAUCUAUAUUGUGACUGUGUAUAUGAUCCUAACCAACAUGUUUAUUACAAUUGUGGUGGAGGCUUUCAACCAUAUGAGACACAAGAGAGAGUUAGAUGAUGCAGUGGACCCCGAGAUGAUUGAAUACAUCGUAGAAAGGUUCAAGGCAUUCUUCUUACGUCCCUUACAUAGAGGAACUACUGAUGUACCACCAAUCAAAGCCAAUGUGACCUACGAAGACACAACAAACUUGCUUGAGAAGCGAGUUGACAAGAUCGUCAAGUUUGUAGAGACCAACUACGGGAAACUUGAAAUAUCCACCAAUCAGAAUGAGGCUACAACGUCACCAGCGAGAAGUCUGAGUCGCAUCUCACUACACUCUGCGACAAGGUCAUCUGAUGGCGGCAGCAAAUCAGCCAAGAAACCACGCAAUCGGGUCAUUUUACUGGCAUGAACAUUUGUGAUAAAACUAACCUAUUUUGACUGAAAUUAAAUUGACUGAUUUCUUUUAACUUUAAUGAAUGACUAUUGUGGAAUUACUACAAGCAGUUUUUUCUUUGUCAUAGUUUAACAGCUUGUACAAAGUGUUUUCUUUUUACAUUAUGUAUCAUCUAUUGUAAAUAUCUAAAGCAAUAUGCUUAAUAAACAUAUCACCGAAUGUGACAUCAUUAUAUGGCCAGGUUAGUUUUAAAGUAUUUGAGGUGUUUAUUAUAAUCCAGAUUUAUCAACUCUAAACCUAGCCUAAAGUAGAAAGGGCUAAGGAAAUGUUUUAAAUAGAUUGAAAGGUAAUAAAGGUUCAAUUGUAAUAAUUGGAAAGUGGACAUUUGCAGUUAAGAUAAACUCUAUUUUUUUUAUUUUCAAAACAUUAUUGAUUGUAUUUUGAAAAGAAUUUAGCGGUUAGAUCUAAUUUAUUCAUUCCAAAUAAAAACUCUGUCACAUGAUUUUCAAAAUCACUAAUAAUGUGCAUAUUGUUGGAAAGGAAUAUCUCAACAAGUUUUGUAAAUGAAUGUAGUUAUUAUGUGUUUCCAACAUACUAAAUACAUGUAUUUUAUGUGUUGUGUAAAUUAGCUUCUCCCAUUGACAAAGUAUUUUUCAGUAAGAACAGAAUUGUUUUACUUCAUAUUUAAAUGAAUUGUUUUCCCGUGAAAUCACUGUGAAGUCAAUAGGUGUCAUACAAUCUUUGUACUUGCACAAACAUGAUGUCAAUUAAUGGUCUGGGCUAGAGUACUGAAUCCCUUUGAAUCAAGUAAAUCCUGGUGUUUAUUUGUGCAGAUUUAGGGCAUUUUGUUGGUUACCUUAACCAGCACACUUUAGACAAAACAAUUUGAAGGACAUAUUUUAAGACGGAAUGAUGAACCACUUUGUAAAUAUAGUGCCUGUGUCUAGCAGUUUAUGUACAGGUUGUUGAACAUCUAAUGUAGCACAUUUUGUAAAGCUUGCAAAGUAUUUAUAAAUUAUACAUGGCAAUGAACAGAAUAUAAGAUCCAUGCCAAAUAUGACGAAAAAAUGAAAAGUAGACUCUGGUGAGACCAGUUGAUUGCAGAAUCAUGAAAAAUAGUCAGUGUUGAGUUUAAGCAAAAUGAUUAAUAUAGCACUGUUCUUUCUAGUAGCUUUUAUUGUAUUUAAGAAUACAAUAAUUGUGAAAUAAGUAAAUCAGUUCAGUUAAUGUAAUCUUACUGUAUAAAGAACCUGUAGUUAGUGUCAGUUACAUGAAUAAAUCAUUUCUCAAAGCAUAAUUUGUAUCAAUUGAGAAGUGUUAAAUUCAUAUGAAAUCACUAGAAACAAAAAGAUGUUUACUUUACAUGGAAAAGACAGAUGUGAUUUAAAAUUAAUUCUUCAUGCAGAAAAAAAAUCCAGAUUUUGAUUGAAUACAACUUUGGCACAAUAGAAAACACAAAAUCCUCAAAGAAUUGAAAAAAAA